CGUUAGCCAACACUGCCACACAUGUGAGAGUAAAAUAUAAAAAUGGUUUUACCUUCGCGGCAGCAAAUCCUACGUUUAUACAAGCAUUUAAUUCGUUACGGCAAUCACCUGAAGUUGACCGAUAAGAACUAUUUUCUGGGAAGAGUACGCCACGAGUUUCGGGGCAACCGAUCCCUUACAAAUCCGGUGGAAGUGGAAUUCAGCUUUAAGCGCGGAGAGACCCUGCUGAAGAAGGGACGCAUUCUGUAGGAAUGCUGCGAGGACUGGUGCGAUUCCUGGCGCUGCCUAAGCCCGCUGUACGCUGCAAAUCCAAUCUGGACUACUCCCGCUUUCCCGCGCUUCAGGAGU